CCGAUCUCUCAACCGGGCCAGAGCUCCCCCGCCGGCAACCACUCCGCUUGCCCUCGAUCUCCCUCCAGCCACCCGUCUCCAGCACUCGACUGCAGCUGCCUGAACACCAUGGAGCAGCCCUCCGUCACAGGCGCCCGAUUCGUCCAAAGCCCGACGCUGCCGGCUGCGAUCCAGUGCUCGGCGGCCCUCUCGUCGCCCCAAUCGCAUGUGCAGACGCCGUUGUUUUCGCCAGCCCUGACCUCGCCGCGAUCGCUGCUGAUCUUCUCGGGCGGCUCGGCCCUGAAUCCCCUCGUGGGCAUGAUCCAGAACCUGACUGACGAUGUUGCCUACAUCCUGCCCGUGAGCGAUGAUGGCGGAUCAACGGCUGAGAUCAUCAAGGUCCUCGGAGGACCAGCCAUCGGUGACAUUCGCUCAAGACUGGUGCGUCUGGCCGAGACAAAGUCUGCCGAGGCUCGUGCCGUCCAUAAGCUGCUGAGCCACCGGCUUCCCACCGACAGCACCCAGCGUGCCAAGCUCGAGUGGCAUGCGAUCGUCGAGGGCCAGCAUGCUCUGUGGGAAGGCAUCUCGGAAGCCUACCGCGAGUCGAUCCGCAGCUUUCUGAGCUUCUUCAACUACGAGAUCAUCCGCCGGGCCGGCCGGCACAGCUUCGACUUUCGAGGAGGCAGCAUCGGCAACUUUUUCCUGAGUGGCUGUCGCAUCUUCUUCCACUCGCUCGAGGCCGCCAUCUUCCAGUUCGCCCGCAUCAUGCGCACCCCAGCCCGCACCGACGUCGUCCCGAUCCUGACCUCGAUCGACUCGACUCAGAUCCGCAUCGCAGCCGAGCUCCGAAGCGGCGCCGUGAUCUAUGGACAGUGCCAGAUCUCGCAUCCCGGCAGCAACAUUGGCGAGGUCCUGACGAGGCGAAACUCGCUGGCAACCCCGACAGCCUCGCAGUCGAGCACUCCCGUUGGCUCGACCCUGCCACAUCCGCCCCGCUCUACGCUGCUCAAGGUCAUGAAUAUGUCCAUGCCCAUAUCGGCGUCCAGCUCCACAUCGGUGUCGCCCUCGACCUCGGCUGUGGGUCUCUCCCAGAACCUGCUCUUUUCCAAGACCGAGUGCCCUCCGCUUGCAAGCCCGAUCCGCCGAGUCUACUACUUCAACAACGAGCGACAAGAGAUCCUGCCUCCCAUCAAUCCACUCAUCCACAAGCAAUUCCAGCUCAAACGAACACUCGUGUACGCCAUGGGCUCGCUCUGGACCUCCAUCAUCCCGUGCCUGAUUGUCGCGGGUGUCGGUCGUCUGAUUGCCUCUGAUCCGCCCAUCACCGAAAUGCCGCCUCGGCCCAAGGUCCUUCUACUCAAUGGCUCGACCGAUCGCGAGACAGAGGGCUACACAGCCAUGGAUUUUGUUCUGGCCAUCACCGAUGCCCUGAACUACUCGUUCCGCGCCGAGAAGGAGCAGCGAGCGGCUCGGCAGGGGCAGACCGACGGAACUCCCCGCAGCACUUUCCGCUCAGCGCCGCCUAUGGAGACUGUCCAAGAAAACCUGGUAAAGCUGCGGGCCGAGAUGGAGAGCCGAGACGGUCGCAAAUACUGCACUGCGCCGUAUCCGCCGUCAACGUACAUCACACACCUCGUCUACCUCGAGGAUGGCUCUGUUCCGAUCGAUAUCGAGGCCAUCACGGCCCUGGGAAUCACCUGCCUCAAGGUCCAGGCGGGACCAGAGUCCGAGUACUUUGACCCAGAGUGUCUGCGGGUCGUUCUGGACCAGAUUGUGCAGUAAGGACAGCUGCUGCCAAUGAGUGGCACCCUCGCCAAAAUGAAUCAAGCAGAGCCAACCCAGAGAGCUGUCGGUCCCUGCUCCGUGGUUGGUCGGAGAUUCUGAUGAUAUGCGCUGCCUUCCCCUUCGUCCCGGCUGUCGGCCGUUGUUACUCGUUGCUGCCUACCACCAGGACCACGUAAUUAAUUGGCCUUUGAUCGGCCCAUCUGCAUCGUCCUCUGGAGUGUCCAUGGCGGGCGUGGAGGCGUCAUGGGUGCAUACCGGCUUCGAAAAAAAGUAAUCCAAGUUGCCCAUAUCAUAUGGCUGAGAGCUGUAAUGAGUAAACAGUGUCCAGGGGUCUUAUUGAAACGACACAUCCCUGCUGUCACCCCGGUCGCUGUCAAGCCAUCUUGGCUGGGGUGCCCAUGACUCCUGUCCCGCUUGUUAGAGUCCAUAGUCUCUCCCAGACACCGGCGGGCUCUUUUCCGUUGCAGUCGAUCCAAUAAUAAACGGGACACCCUGGU